GGGGGUGUUCGUUUUUUCCCCCCCCUUUCCGUUGGGGGGGGCUCCUCCUCAGCUCACUCGGCAGCUUCAAUCACUGGUAGCCGUCCUCCAGGUCCCUGGAGUGGUGCUAGCCUGCGUGUGUCCAGAGGAGCCCAGUGGUUUUCAUGGGGCUGCUGACCGGGGAUGCGCUGUUGCCUGUGGCCAUGGUCGUGGCUGUCUUCCUGCUCCUGGUGGACCUGAUGCACCGGCGCCAACGCUGGGCUGCUCGCUACCCGCCAGGCCCUAUGCCAGUGCCCGGGCUGGGCAACCUGCUGCAGGUGGACUUCCAGAACAUGCUGGACUGCUGCCGAAAGCUACGGGGCCGCUUUGGGGACGUGUUCAGUCUGCAGCUGGCCUGGACUCCAGUGGUUGUGCUCAAUGGGCUGGUGGCUGUGCGUGAGGCGCUAGUGAACCACAGCGAGGACACUGCAGACCGGCCACCGAUGCCCAUCUAUGAGCACCUGGGCAUUGGGCAGCACUCUCAGGGAGUGAUCCUUGCACACUAUGGGCCUACCUGGCGUGAGCUACGGCGCUUUUCUGUGUCCACCCUGCGCAACCUCGGCCUGGGCAAGAAGUCGCUGGAGCAGUGGGUGACCGAAGAGGCCGCCUGCCUCUGUGAUGCUUUCGCCACCCAGGAUGGACGCCCCUUUAGCCCCAGCGACCUCCUGAACAAAGCCACAUGCAAUGUGAUCGCCUCCCUCAUCUACGCAUGUCGCUUCGAGUAUGAGGACCUGCGCCUGGGCAGGUUGCUGAGACUGCUGGAGGACACCAUGAAGGAAGAUUCUGGCAUUGUGCCCCAGGUGCUGAAUGCAGUCCCCAUGCUCCUGCGCAUCCCAGGGCUGCCAGGCAAGGUCUUCCCUGGGCAGAAGGCCUUCAUGGACCUGCUGGAUGAGUUGCUGGCCGAGCACAGGAUGAGCUGGGACCCAACGCAGCCAUCCAGAGACCUAACUGAUACCUUCCUGACUGAGGUGGAGAAGGCCAAGGGAAACCCUGAGAGCAGCUUCACUGAUGAGAACCUGCGCCUGGUUGUGGCUGACCUGUUCACGGCAGGGAUGGUGACCACCUCGACCACGCUGGCCUGGGCCCUGCUGCUCAUGAUCCUGCACCCGGAUGUGCAGCGCCGUGUCCAGCAGGAGAUCGAUGAGGUGAUAGGGCAGGGGCGGCGCCCAGAGAUGGCGGACCAGGCCCGCAUGCCCUUCACCAACGCCGUGGUUCACGAGGUGCAGCGCUUUGCGGACAUCGCUCCAUUGGGUUUUCCCCACAUGACGUCCUGUGAUGUUGAGGUGCAGGGCUUCGUCAUCCCCAAGGGGACCACGCUCAUCACCAACCUGUCAUCUGUGCUGAAGGAUGAGACUGUCUGGGAGAAGCCCUUCCACUUCCACCCACAACACUUCCUGGAUGCCGAAGGCCGCUUUGUGAAGCACGAGGCCUUCAUGCCGUUCUCAGCAGGCCGCCGCGCAUGCCUCGGGGAGCCCCUGGCCCGCAUGGAGCUCUUCCUCUUCUUCACCUGCCUGCUGCAGCGCUUCAGUUUCUCGGUGCCGGAGGGGCAGCCCCGGCCCAGCGACCAUGCACCCUUUGGUGCCCUGGUGACCCCAUCCCCCUACCAGCUGUGCGCACAGCACCGUUAGAGGAGACACCAAGGCCCAGCUCCCACCCAGCUGCAACCCGGACAUACAGUGAGCCCUUUGGCCAGCUCUACCCUGCUGGCUCAGGACCCCAGCAGCCUCCCCAGGAACACGUCAUCCUCCCUGCUUCUUCUGUUCUUUACUGAAAAAAACACAGGUAAUACUGGUCUUUUUUCUGGGUUAAAGUUUGUAACUUCAUGAUUGCUACAUUUAAAAGAG